UAAUGAGUGUCAAUAGAAGUUACCCUCUUCAUACCUGCGUUGUUCACGAGAAGAGCCCUAAAAGAAAUACAAGUCUCAUUGGUCAACUGUCAUCUUUUUCAUCUCAUUUUUGGUUCUUAACUCAAGAACAACGGAUUUUGUUCAAUAAAUGUCUCUUGAUUUGUAAAAAUUGCAAACCCCGUUUCUGAUUACAAAAAGAUUUUUUAUUUAAUAUGGGUAAAAAAGAUAAAAAUAAAAAGAAAAUAAGCGGUAGUGUAAAAACUGCAUUAAAAACUGAAAAAAAAUUAAGCAUAAAACAGAAGAAAGAAAUAGCUUCAUUGGGUGAGGAUGAUAUUGAAAAUGUAAUAGCACAAAUCGAAAAAGAAGAAGCGCGAAGGCAACGUAUCGUUGAAAAGACUGUAGAACCGCCGUCUCGACGUGUAAAUUUUACUUUAACAGCUCAUCCUUUUAAGGAUGAGCUUAUUAUGUUUGGUGGAGAAUUUCAUGAUGGACGAACGACAUUUGUUUACGGAGAUAUGUUUACAUAUAACAUAUGCAAAAAUGAUUGGACUGUCAUAAAAGCACCUGGGGCACCACCUCCACGUUGUGGUCACCAAGCAGUAGCAACACCUAUAAAUAAAGGAGAACUAUGGAUAUUUGGGGGUGAAUUUUCCAGUCCAUCAGAAUCACAGUUUUAUCACUACAAAGAUCUAUGGGUUUAUCGCAUCGGAGAUAAAAAAUGGGAAAAGAUUCUGGCUCCUGGUGGUCCAUCAGCUAGAAGCGGUCACAGAAUGGUCCAUUUAAAAAGGCAAUUGAUAGUUUUUGGUGGAUUUCAUGAUAAUUUAAGGGAUUAUAAGUAUUUUAAUGAUGUACAUAUAUUCAACCUUGAAUCAUAUGCUUGGCAGAAAAUUGAAUUGUCUGGUAACCCACCACUUCCAAGAUCUGGCUGUAUAAUGCUACCAACAUCUGAGAAAAUUCUUGUGUAUGGUGGUUAUAGCAAAGAAAAGGUGAAGAAGGAUCUUGAUAAGGGUUACAUUCACAGUGAUGUGUUUGUAAUGACUCCUGAAAAGAAUGACCAAUCUGGUUUAAAAUGGAAGUGGGCAUCUGUAAAACAAUCUGGUGUUAAACCUUCACCUCGUUGUAGUAUGUCAGCUGUUUUAGUACAACCAAAUUUAGCUUAUAUAUUUGGUGGAGUUUUCGAUGAAGAUGAUGAAGAAGAACUUAAUGGAAUAUUUCAUAAUGAUCUAAUGGCUCUAGAUUUAGAAAAAUUUCAAUGGCAUACCGUGACGUUAUGCGGGAAGAAAAAUACAACAGUACGACAUCGCAGAAGAAAAGUGAAAGAAACUGAUGGCGAAGAAAACAACAGCGAAAACGAAGAUACCGAAGUUACAGAGUCUUAUCCUGUUCCUACUCAGUCUGUGAUUGCCGAUGGGAUAUUUACAAUGACAAUAGGGCCGAGUCCAACAUCUGUAAUGCAGAAAUCAAACAAUACUCAAGAAAAUGUAUUUGUUCCAUGUCCAAGAAUAAAUCCAGGACUAGUUGUAAAACAUAAUAUUUUAUACAUGUAUGGUGGUAUGUUCGAAGAAGGAGAUCGUCAGUAUACGCUGAAUGAUUUCUAUACUUUAGAUUGUCGUAAAUUAGAUGAAUGGAGGACGAUAAUAGCAGAUGAUUUAUCUUCACAAGUCUGGUUUGAUUCAAGCAGUUCAAGUUCAGAAGAAGGAAAUAUCGAUAGUACUGAUGAAGACACAAACAAUUCUGAGAAUGAAUAUAUAGAUACUGAUGAACAUUGAUGUAUAUAUUAUAUUAUCGAAAAAUGAUUUUCACUGAAAUAUGUUAUUUUUUAUUGUCAAAAAUAACACUUACGGAUUAAGCUUUUACGU